GGGUCGUGCGGUCCUUGUCGCGGCGAGAGGCGGACCCUGUGUGAGUGUGAGCGGCAAAGCUGGCGUCGCGCACGCGCGCGACUGCGACUCGCAGAGCGCGGGAAAGAGGCAGGAUAAUUUAACCUAGCUGUCCCACAACAAGUCCGGGCUCACCUACCUAGUUCCUGGUAAGGACAGAGACCUCAACAACUUCUCUGGCUCAGAUUUCUCAAGGGAGGGAUAAAAUGAGUAAGAGGAAGAGGCUUCGGACUUCAGGAGAAGGAGUCCGUCCACCGAAACCACCGAAGAACACAAGACUCAGAGACUCUGAAGGGGCCCGCCACAGUUUCCAGUUGGGCCCUUCGCCUCACCCUGAAGAGUCAGAAGGCAGGUCAGGACCUCCUCCCUCUGUAGAGCAGAGUGGGGAGGAGCCAGGACAGAUGGCCUCCAGCUCCCUGGAUAAGGAAGCAGUAGCUCCCUCCAGGCUCCUCGCGCAACCAGAAAAGGAGCCAGUUGCCUGUCCUCCUUCCCAGAACUCAGUUGGGAGAUUUGUUCCCCAGUUUGCAAAACCCAGGAAAGCAGUGACGAGACUAACAGCUACAAGGGAAGAGGUCCUCGGGAGUGAGGCCUUUAGCUUGAAAACAGCACCAGAGCCCAGCGCCCAGCAGGCAGGAAGCCAGUCAUGGGAGGAGUCCCCUGGGCUCACUGUCUGGGAGGCCAGGGUGCCAAGAGGCCAGACCCAGGCAGACGGCACCCACUCCAGGCGCAGCGUCCAAAACCCUGUAAUACCUGUGUCCAGCAAGGGGGAUUCUCAGUCUGAGGUCUCCAGUGAUGUUUCUCCAGAAUGGGGGAUGGUGCCCUUGGCCUCAGAGAGAGCCGGCCAGAACUACCUAUUGGAGCAAGGGAUAAACUUGCCAGGUGGUGGAGGCACAGAGGCGGGUGGGAUUCCAGGUGAUCUCAGCCAGAAAGGGCAUCUACCAAGCAAUGGUGCUGAAGAGCAGGAGCCCGACCGAGGAGCUCCACAGGAGGAAGGUGCCCAAGGAGGAGCAGGGGUUGAGCAGGAGAAAGGAGAGAGUGCCCUAGGCCUGGCCACUUGGGACUUAGAGCCUGGAUCUGCGGCCCAGGUCCCCACUGACCCCAUGCAGACACUCAGCAGGGCUGGCAGGGAAGCAGAAGGGAGCUGUAGCAGCCCAAGACACCCCUCCCUUAGGAUCACUGUCAUGACAGAUGUGGCCACAGACCCCACUGGCCCAGAACAGAGGGCUCUGGAGGUGGCUGGGCCAGGUGGGAAGGCUGACACCAGGGCACCUACCUCUCCCAACAAGAAGGCCCCUGAUGGAGGCCAUAGUGGGGCCCUGCUCAGAGGUACACCUCUCACCAGGGAGACCACAGGAGGCAGAGGGGAGGCAGGUCAGGAAACUGAGCCCCCUGGUGAUAUCCUGGGCAGCCCUGCAGCCUCCCUGGCUCGGGCUUAUGUGAUCCAGGAGCCCACAAUUUGUGCUAGAGAUUCCAGUCCUGUAGCCUCAGAAAUGGGCCCAGUUGUUGAUCAGACAGGCCGGGAUCAAGAAGGGCUGGGAAGUAUGUGUGCACUGCCUUUGCUAUCACAGACUUUGGGUGAAAAGGCAGCAGAGUUAGGUAGCCAGAGCCAUGAACAAGACCUUGGGGGGCUCAGUCUGUGCCUUGGAGCUUCUGCUCCAUUGCACAGAGAAGCAGUGGAUGCUCCUCCCCGGGAUGCCAGGGCCCACCAGGGUGGCCCAGGUGCCCCCACAGACCCAGCAGGCCAGCCCAAGCAUGCUCCUGACUCUACAGACCAGGCCAUGUUAGAGGGGUUCCCAGCCAUGGAACUCGACUUCCUGCCAGACAGCCAGAUAAAGGAUGCCCUGGAAGCCACCAACUUUGGAGCACCAAAUGAGCAGUUUCCUGCAGGGAGCGUGGAGGGCCCUUGCUGGCCUGGCACCAGCCUAGGUACUGAUGGAAGCCCCCUCACCAUGGCCCAGCCAAGGCCUGUAAGGGAGCUGAGCCCUGUCUUCCCAACUGCGUGUGUCUCCGGCUCCCCGCAAGUGGAAAACUGGACCCACAAGGGGAUCCAGCCAUGCGAAGUUACCAGGAUGGAGGACGCAACAGAUACUGUGCGCGGCCUCAUUGUCGAGCUGUCCAACCUGAACCGGCUGAUCAUGAAUGCCCACCGGGACCUGGAAGCAUUCAAGCGCCUCAACUACAGGAAGGCCAAGUCUGCAGGGAAAGCCCCCAUGCCCUACACAUCAAAGGGGGCUGGGACUCUCCCUCGAGGGGAGCAAUCCUGGAGUGACUUAUAGAUGUUUCCAAAUGUGGAAGCUGGGGGACCACAUGUGCAGUGCCUCUCCCUCCCGUGGAUUUGCUGUUUUGUUCACACCCUGACCCCGGAAGUGCCUGAUGUUCCUGCCAUAAAGCUGACAACAAUCUCUCAGCACACCCCGGAAAGCCUGCAGUCCCUGAUGUUGUGCCUGGUGUUUUGUUACCCCCAAGAUUCUCCAGCAGGUCCUACCGGGCUCCAGAGACUGCCUUUCAAUCCCACUGGAGUUAGCAGCCUCCCUCUGGGGCCUGUGUGGGGAGGAAACCUGUUCCUCCAGAGGCUGAGGCUGCAGUGGGAGGUGGAGGCAGGCGGAGGCCCCAUGAGCAGGGUGCAGAGCCACCCAGAUGUUUAUCUGAGUUUGCAAAUUUUGGCUCCUUAGCUAAGGUUAUGGCAGGUUCAGAAUUUGUUUCUUGCUGGAGGAGAAAAGAGCUCCCUUUGUUGGCUGUAUGUUUGCCUUUCCCUGGAUUUCCAUGCAAUUUAUUUCAGGAAGACCAUUAAUAAAUG